AUGGAACACAACAACGACCGCGAGGACAACAAGUCCAAAAGUAAAAAGCCCAACCGCAGACCACGAGAUAAACGAUCCACCUGCCGCCACUUCCUCGAGGGCCGCUGCACCUACGGCAGAGAAAACUGCAACUUCCCCCACAGAGACGGGGAGCUGCGGCCCGAGAUGGUCGCUGCCGCGGCCCAGCAGGAGGAGGAGGUCGCGCUGGCGGAGGCGAGGUACAACGCCAACGCCCACGCCCACGCCCUCUACAGCAGCAGCGUCACGUACAAUAGUGGGCUGUACGUCAACGGCCACUACGUCAACCACGGCCAUUACACCAACAAUGGCCGCGUCAACAACAGCCACCACCAGCACCAGCCAGCGCUGCCGCCGCCUCCGCCUCAGUGGAUGGGAUAUCGCAUCGCCAAUCCUAUGCCCAACGCCCUGGGCCGGCCGACGUUCGACGGCACGCAGGAGGAGGCGACGUCGUACUUCGACUCGCCGCUGCCGCCGUACGCUGGGCCCUCGAGCCAUGCUGGACCCUCCCGCCCGCCGCCGGGAUACGGCCCCCCGGAAUACGGUGCUCCGGUACCUUACUACGCGCCCCCGCACCACCUCGUCCACGGCAGACACGGCAACGGCUACGCCGGUCCCUCCUUCCCGCCGCCGGGUCUGCCCUUGCCCUUGCCCGGCCCGCCGCUCGAUCCCAUGGGCAUGAGCUGGCGACCCACCCACCAGCCCAGACCUCUCGGCCCGCCCCCUGGCUUCGGCCCGGACCCGUCAAACGCCCUCGCGCGUCCUCCGGGCUUCGAACCCGGAUCCGGACCGGGGGCUUACCCCCUUUCCCCCUCCCCUGCCCCCCCUAACCCUCACCAUGGGCUUGAGCUGGCGUCUGCCGCCGUCGCCGCCUCGCCUGCGCCUGAAGAGGCCCCCGUCCCCAACACCGCUCCUGCCGCAACGGUUGCAGGCCCGGCUCAAGACCCUAGUACCAUACGAUGCUGGUACGGUCUUGGCUGCAAGAGGCCAGGGUGCCAUUUCCGACACGAUGGCGGCCGUGACGGGCACGUCGUCAAUGGAGAGGCCAGCGGCAGCGGCAGCGGCAGCGGCAGCGCCAAUGCCAAUGGCGACGGCGACGACGUGAGCAUGAGCGAGUCAUCAGGCUCCAUGUACGUCCCGCCCCCGCCCGCGAGCGAACAGUUCCACGCGGCGGCCACCCCUCAGUCUUCGCCGCGGCAGCUGCCGGAUUCCGUCGCCGGCGAUGUCACCCCUCCCUCCGUUGGCGGGGACGUCACCUCUUCUUCCGCUGCCGGCGACGUCACUCCCCCUUCUCCGGUGCAUACCUCGGAGGAAUACUCUGCGGAGGAGGGGGAGGGGGAUGCGGAACAGCCUGCCGCAGAAGAGGAGACUCCCGAGGCGGAGCACCCCGAGGAGGAGAAGAAGGAGGAGAAGAAGGAGGAAGAGGAGAAGCAGGUCCCUGCUCCUGCUGAUGCUGUCCAGCAGCCUGCCGCCAGACGUCCUGGGCCCGCGGUCGUUGACGGGCGGAGUGCCUGGGGCUUGGGUCUGGUCAAGGCCAAUGGUACGCAGGAGGCUGCCUGA